AUGUUGCAGUUAUUAUAUACUAUUGACCAGCCUCAUGGACUUGGCGAGCUGUAUUUUGUCUGGCAGAAAGGCGAGGCUCGUUCCCUUCUUGCUACCACUGGCACAGAUGCAACAGUUGCAAUAUAUGAUCGUUCUGGUCAGCUCUUGGAAAGAAUGAAACUACAGGGACUUUGUGCUGGAAUGGAAUGGGAUAAUGAUGGUGAUUACUUAGCCGUGAUCACCCCAAAUAGCAAUUCUGUGCUACUUUGGGAGUGUCAUGCUAGCAAGAGGAUAAGUAUCGAGACAGGUCUUCGAGAACCCCCAUCAUGUUUAGCGUGGGCAUAUGGAGAGCCUCUAUUAGCCAUUGGAACACAAAAAGGCAACCUGGCAUUGUAUAAUCAUCAUACUUCAAAGCGAAUACCUAUAAUCGGAAAACAUACAAAGAAAAUCACGUGCGCAGCUUGGAACAAAGAUAGUAUUCUAGUCCUCGCGUCUGAAGAUAAAAGUUUGUCUAUUAACAACUCUGAUGGAGACACUUUACGUAUUAUAUCACUCCGGGACACACCAAAUGAUUUACAAUUUUCUGAAAUGAAAACUGAUGAACGAGUAGCUGGAGAAAAUACGAUAAGCCUCAUAGUGGGAAAACGAACACUUUAUUUGUACAACCUUCUAAAUCCAGAAAACCCCAUUGAAUUGGCAUUCCAACAGCGUUACGGUUCAAUAGUAACAUACAAGUGGUAUGGUGAUGGGUACAUAUUGAUCGGGUUCAGUGCUGGUUUCAUCAUAGCCAUUUCGACCCACAUCAAGGAGGUGGGCGAGGAGUUGUUCCAAGUUAAAAAUCAUAAGGACAACCUUACCGAUAUCGCUAUUUGCAAUGGACAGGCUGCAUCGUGUGGCGAUGGACAGUUGAAGUUGAUAUCGGUAUGGAACAACGGCGAGGUGGUGGGUUGCGUGAGCCCCGGCGGCGGGGCGGAGCGCGCGCGCUGGAGCGGCGACGGGCGCCUGCUGGCGGCGUCCGGGCGCGCCACGCUCAGCGUGUACGUGGCGCGCCUGCCGCCGCUGCACGCCGCGCACGCCACCCGCCUCAUCGCGCUCACUAGCCUCACCGAGGCCACCGUCUACCAGUGUAUAGCGCUGCACGACUCGGACGCCGCUAGAUGUGAGCUGCGGGGCGAUUCUGUAAGAAUCCGACAUCCGCUUAACCUUGACCAUUCGCAAGUAACGAAAUGA